AACCUUGCUCUCUAGUCUCUACUCUCUGCUCUAGUCGGCAGAAAACAGGGGUAGAAAAGGAAAAAAUGAAAAGGAAAAGAUGGCGGGCUAAAUCAAAAUUUCUCAUUUCAAAUGCCGUAGCGUUUCUCUCUCUAUCUCCAUCUCCAUCUCAUCAUCUGAAAUCUCCGAUCUCUUUCGGUCGUCCAUUCUCUCUCCUAAACCAGACAGGCAGGCCGCCCGGCGGCACUGCAGCGGGCGCAAAUGGAGUCGCUCCGCCUUAUCUGUGACCAAACCAUACCCCGUGCGCGGGAGAGAAUGGACUCCUUUGAGGAAGAAUUCGCCAGUUCCCUGGAUUCAAUCAAGGCCAAAGCCGAAUGCACCGCCCAAACUCAAGGGAAAUUAUGGAAGCUGAAGUCCAACUUGAGAGAUGCCGAAGAUGAAUUUGUGAAAGUGCUCUCAGUGAAAACCCAGAAAGAGGCAAAGCAGAUGCGACUAAGAGACUCCAUAUCUGCUGUAAGGGAUAGAUUAGAAGAACUUAGAAAGACACUGCAAAUUCAAAAAUCAAGGAGGGACGAAUAUGCUGGAAUUAUAUCUCAAUUAUCUCUUGCUUGUGCGACAUAUGAAGACAAAGGGACCCAGGACAAUCAACUUAGAGGAGAAACUCAAGAGGCAUUGCUAUGGUAUAGUAGGGUUCUAGGCCUCCAAAUCGAAGGCGGCCACGGUGUUAAAUUCACGUUCAGAAACAUCAAUGUGAAACAUCCAUCUGAAGAAUACUCCUUUACUGUACGCCAUGAAAAUGAUACAUACAGCUUGUUGGCUUGUGAUCCACAAUUGAAUGAUACCAAAGAGUUGAUCCAUGAGUUGAAUAGAACCAAUGGCUUAUUCAAGUUUGUCAGAACAAUGAGGGAAAAGUUUCAAGAAGCUGCAUUAUCUGGAUUUUUGCCUCAAUCCUCAGCUCCUGAACAGCAAGAGCUGUCCACGAUAUCUGCAUCCGCUCCAGUUUUGUCAGUUUACACUGACCAUAGUGAUUCUCCGACUCGGAGAGAGGAGUGCUCAGAUGAUGCCAGGAGGCACCCAAAGAAAGCCAACCGUGGAAGAGUGGGCAGAAAAAAAUUAUUAUCACCAGAGUCUAUUCGCCAAUCCCCUCGUUUACUGGGCAGGAAAUGAUGAUGGCGAUGCAGUUCAUCUCACCUCGGAUCCUGAUGAAAUGUCUUCAGGUCAUUCAGCAAGCUCCUUAUCUCCGACUCGGCAUCACAGUACGCUAACAAGUGAACGUUUUCCCGGAGUUCUGAGACUCGGCUUGCCAUUCAACGAGAUAUAAUCCCCAGAAGCAGCAGCAAAAGUGAACCAGCCCUGUUAUCUGAAGGAAGUGGAGGUGGUGGGUUGAAGCAGCAGCCUUGUGUGGAUGAAUGCACGAGUGUGUUCCCACAGCUGGAGGGCUUCACCUCCAUCAUUCCCCAAAGCUGAGCAGUUGCUCUCAUUGCAGUCUGCAAAGUACUUCCCUCCAACUCCUUCUAUUUGAGGACUCAGAGCUACAUAGCAUGUGGUUGCUGCGCCCUGUGAUACAGAUUUCAACAGCUUGGAGGCUAUGAAAUAUACUGGACCUGUGAUGAGACCCUUGUGGUCUCUGAUGAUGCCAGUCUUGAUAAUGCCUGGAUGUACUGCAUUCACCGUCACUUUUGCAUUUCUUGCCUUGAGUUGUCUGGAGAGCUCCUUGGCAUGCAGAAUG